CUCACUCGUGAACCAACGCCGAAGGCGACUUUUCACCACAACAAUGGCCACAACGACACAACCACAAGCAACAAGAAGUCUGCCAUGGAUGCCCCUGUCGAAUCAUCAGCGGGCUCGCCUCCCUGGACUGAUGCUGCCGAGAUCCCCGAGCCGCCUGAUAUUCCGUCGUGUGAUGCGUGUGGUAAGGCAUUUUCCGGCAGAUUGGUGUGCGGCCAUUGUCAUUUGACGUGGUACUGCAGCAAGGCUUGUCAGAAGAUCGCGUGGAAACAACAGGGACACAAGACCAAAUGUAAAACCAUGAAAGAGACUUGUCAAGACACGGCUCUUGCCGUUGUGACUGAAAUGGCCAACACGGCAGCUCCUCCCAUUCUUCGCGUGCAAAAAUUGGAUGGCUUGGACUUGGAAGGACCCUUUCGAAUUGCCCUAGAACAACACAAUCUUCACCAGGUCAUUUAUGACAUGUUGUUGGAAGAUCGGCAGUCAGUCCAGAAGCGAUUUCUGCAAGGCAACAACAUCAACAACAGCUUCCAGCAUGCCUCGUUUGUCCAGUGGAUCAUGACCACCUUGUUUCGUGGUGGACGCAUCAGUCCCCGCGCCGUCCAAUCCUCCAACACUCGCUAUGCCGACGCCUGCCGCGUCAAGGCGUUUGUCUUGUUCAAAGAAGAUGCUCUGGAAGUUUGGUGGGACGCGUCCAUGAAGUUUGUCGUCCAAGUGGUCAUGGACAAGAAGCUCUUUCAACGCCACAAAGAGCUCCACGCGGGAAUUCAUUUCAUGGCCCGCGACAUUCUCGCAUCGUGGAGUCAAAUCUUGACUUGUCCCAAAGCCGCCAAGGCCAUUUUGUACCACAAUGAUGGAACAAAGGCAGUGGCUCGGGCCACCUAUCUGGCCACAUCCACCAAGCGCACGCUUCAGAGCUUGCAUACACCGCGGGAUCCUCGGGCCGUAUUGGAGGCAUACCUGAAUCAAAACUUGGCCAUGAUUGACUAUUGGUGUCAUUUAUGGAAGAUCCCCGUAAAUGUGGAACAAUUGGCGGGAUUUAAAGAUGAUGUGGCUCAAAAAAUGUACCAAAACAUGGCCAAGCCAUUGGCACAAGGGACCAUUCGAAAGGGAUUCGCCCUGAACAAUCAAGAGACACAGAGUGCCAUGGCGCAACCGGUGGAUUGGUGAAUGGCCAUUUCUCAAUUUCGUUGCUUUUCCAGUGGGCGGUGAAACAGAAAGAAGGCGACUGUAAUCUCGCGGCGGUUGGUGUGCUGGGAUCUCUGUAUUGUUUUGAGGGGAAAUCAGGAGGUCCAGCAUGUGUUUGAGCUGUCAGUAGCUGGGGACCGGUAGAGGUUCUAUUCCAGUGUGUACGUCGGGGUACGGUAACUUUAUAAUGUAGUGAGUGAGUUUCUAGUACAAUUGGGUGGGGCUGGUCCUGCUCGGACAGAUCAUGCUUGUUGUGGGGCGGUUUUCGGUGUGGUGCAGAUCCCAGCGUUUUUCAAGUUGCUCCGCGAGGACCAGGAGUAGGGCGGAGUGCAGGGCCUGGUGUUGGGGCCUGGGGUAGGAUGCAGGACAGAAUUCGGGCAAUGUGUAAGAACCUUUGUUCUACCUAGAAGCUACAUGCAACAGUACCG